CACUGCUGACAGAAAUAGCAGCUGCCAAAGAAUUUCGCGCCAUGUUCCAGCUGACAGCUUCCCAUGACCCCGUUUGACCUUUCUUUAAAACAACAUGGCGGCAGGCGUGAGUGGCUUAGGAAUGCUUCACCUAGUCGCAAGGAGGGCAACAUGUCUUGGGCUAGGCAUCAGGCCUGUGCCUGCAGUGCAGAGGUUAGCUGCCAGGGGUCUCUCCACUGCAGCACAGCCAGAUAAACAAGAGGAUUCUGAUGGUGAUGUUCAAGUACAGGAUGAAAGGAAACCUAAAACAGGCAUCAUGAUGAUGAACCUAGGGGGCCCUGAGACUCUUGAAGAUGUCCAAAGCUUCCUUCUCAGGCUGUUCAGUGACAAGGAUCUUAUUCCUCUUCCAGCACAGAGCUUCCUGGCCCCUCGUAUCGCUAAACGACGCACACCUAAGAUACAGGAGCAGUACUCGCGGAUCGGAGGCGGCUCGCCCAUCAAGAUGUGGACCACCAAACAGGGGGAGGGCAUGAUCAAGAUACUGGAUCAGAUCUCUCCACAAACUGCUCCACACAAGUUCUACAUUGGCUUCAGGUAUGCAGACCCACUGACAGAGGACACCAUUGAGCAGAUGGAAAAGGAUGGAAUAGAACGUGCCGUAGCCUUCACGCAGUACCCACAAUACAGCUGUUCUACAACUGGCAGCAGUCUCAACGCUAUCUACAGGUACUACAAUAAGAGGAUCAGGGACAGGGGUGAGGAGGGGCGGAGCCAGAUGAAGUGGACAGUGAUUGACAGGUGGCCCACACACCCCAUGCUGGUGGAGUGUUUUGCUCAGAACAUUCAGAAGGAGUUGGCCAAGUUUCCUGCGGAUGUUCGAGACGAUGUGGUCAUCCUGUUUUCUGCACAUUCCCUCCCUAUGUCAGUUGUAAACAGAGGAGACCCGUACCCCCAGGAGGUUGGUGCGACCGUACAGAGGGUGAUGGAGAGGUUGGGGAUGUCUCACCCAUACAGACUAGUCUGGCAGUCCAAGGUUGGUCCAUUGCCAUGGCUUGGUCCCCAAACAGAUGAAGUGAUCCAAGGACUGGCCAAUAACGGGAAGAAGAACCUGCUGCUGGUGCCCAUAGCAUUCACUAGUGACCAUAUCGAGACUCUCCAUGAGCUGGACAUCGAGUACGCAGCCACCUUGGCAGCAGAGUGUGGUGUAGAGAAUGUGAGGAGGGCAGAGUCACUCAACGAUAACCCAUUGUUUAUUGAGGGGCUCGCAGACCUCGUCAAGACUCACCUGGAUAAAGGCACGUCCUGCACGCGCCAGCUGAUGCUCCGCUGUCCGAUGUGCGUCAACCCGGCAUGCGGACCUGCCAAGCAGUUCUUCCAUGACCAAGGACAGUAGAAUACAUUGUAGACAUUUUUGUAUUCUCUUUCAAGCCACCGUUACACUGUUUACGGCUGAGUUCCAAAUUCACAAGAGAAUGAAACUUACUUUUCAGCAGAAAUUCUACUGUAAAAUUGGACAUGGGGCUCAGUAAGGUGCGGAUGUUGAUUGAUAGAAAGGAGACCAGUCAUAUUCCGGCUGAAAAUAUCCUUUUAAGCUACACGUACCAGGCUCUUCAGGAGAGCUACUUUUCGCUGUAUAAUACAUAGUUAUCUAUCUAUUGCAACUAGUUUGGUUAGUUUUAAUAUAUACUCUCUAUGCAUAUAGUUAGGCCAUUAAUAAAUAUAUUGCAAGAGCAAGUUUUAGAUUCUUGAUUCAUGAUUUAAUUUCUGUUAAAUGCUUGAAUCUUACUAUAUAAAUGCAAGAGUACUCUCAUAGUCUUGUAUUGACAUGUCUGUGUGUGACUGUGUUUCUGCACCACAGUAAAUCUGUAUGUUGCAUAUGCCACUUACCAUCAAGGCAAGUAUAUCCAAAGGCCGUGGAUUGUUGACUGGAACUAACUACUUUUGCUUGGUGAAUUGCUUGGUGACUACCUGAUUCUAGUCGUAGGGACCAAAAACGUAAUCUUGAUAUAUGUGUAACAUAAUAACUGGAACACUUUCAGCUGAACAUUCAAGAAAUCUCACUAAAACAUAGCUGCAGUUAGACAUGAUUUUGUUAGAGGGCAUUGUUCUAUCACAAACAGCAUGGGCCUAUGUUUCAGCUCAAGCUAAACAUGUUAAUAAAAGCUGUUGUCAUCAAAUAGUUAAUAGAGUAGGGACCUCUUCACUAAGUAGUUUCAGUAGGCAUUUGGAGAUCCAUAGAAACAGUCAUUAACCCCUAGAUUUAACUACCUCUAGGUGGAACAAUCAAGAAAGUAGUAUAUGCAUGUACUUCUGUCAUGUGUAGAAUUAUAUGUACAAUGUAGACUAGAUGAGGACAAAAUGAACACAAACUGUUAACUCUGCUUCUCAGGUAACCUGUGUGCUGUAGAGCACUCUUAUAAGUGAGCUGAAAUGUAAUGUUACUUAAACCUUAAAGCUGAAGAAGUUAAACUUAAAACUACUUGGAUCUUAUAAUAGCUGUAAAACGUCUUUAGUUAAAGUGCUGAUAGUUAAAAAUACUUAUUAUAAGCCUUUGAAGUAGAUUUACUCAAGAGGUAAUGUCAAAUGAAAUUGAAUUUAGAUUUUGGGGUCAUGUAUGACAUGAUAAAAGAAUUACCGACAUGUACGGAAAUUAUCAGAUUUUGCAAAUUGAUUGUGGAAACUGCAAGGUAAUGAUUCAUAGUUUGAUUUGUAUUAUGUUAGAAACAAAGUUUUGUUGAAGAGAAAAGGUU